CCGCGGGCCUAUCGCCGCCCGCGGCCGCCGCUUCCCGGCCUGAGGAACAUGGCGAAGACCUACGACUACCUCUUCAAGCUGCUGCUGAUCGGCGACUCCGGGGUGGGGAAGACGUGCGCGCUCUUCCGCUUCAGCGAGGACGCCUUCAACGCCACCUUCAUCUCCACCAUCGGAAUCGAUUUCAAGAUCAGGACGAUAGAACUCGAUGGCAAGAAGAUUAAGCUGCAGAUCUGGGACACCGCUGGGCAGGAACGCUUCCGGACGAUCACGACGGCUUACUACAGAGGAGCCAUGGGCAUUAUGCUGGUGUACGACAUCACCAACGAGAAGUCGUUUGAAAACAUUCGGAACUGGGUCAGAAACAUCGAAGAGCAUGCGUCUCCAGAUGUGGAAAAAAUGAUCCUCGGGAACAAGUGCGACAUGAACCACAAGCGCCAGGUCUCCCGAGAGCAAGGAGAGAAGCUGGCCAGCAGCUUCGGCAUCAAGUUCAUGGAAACCAGCGCCAAGGCAAACAUCAACAUAGAGAACGCGUUUUUCACUCUCGCCAGAGACAUCAAGGCGAAAAUGGACAAGAAACUGGAAGGCAACAGCCCUCAAGGCAGCAGCCAGGGGGUGAAGAUCACCCCCGAGCUACAGAAGAAAACCAGCUUUUUCCGAUGCACCCUCCUCUGAAGGGGGGGCAGCCUUACCGCGAGCCUCUGCUCAAGCUUCCUGGGCCGUGCCUGCUUGCAAGAGGCUCCUUCUUCCGUUCUGCCCGUCUGGCUCUGACCCCACCAACGCAACCCGCUGCAUUUGCUGGAACGGAACUGAGGAAGGGGCUUCUUUCCACGACGGACUCUCCCGCGCCGGAGGAAACGCCGUUUCCCCCUCCCGUCGCGCCUGCCAGACGGGAAACACGUUGCCUGUUUGCGGCGUGGGGAGGGGGUUGCUUUGGGGAGAAAAGAUGCGGAUCAAGAAAUCAAGACAUGGGAAGUUUCCUAAUGGGUUUCUCUCUCUCUGUCUCUCUCUCUCUCUCUUUCUGUCUCUGGGAUGUGUUUUGGAUAACUGUAUCAAGACUAGUAGAAAAAAAAAAGUCAGAAUAACUCUCAAUGAUUUCCUGCUGAAUCCCCAAAUCUACGAAUGGUCAGGGGUGCAGUUGGAGCCCCCUAAGACAUUUCUAUCAGGCUGGAUCACACAGCCGGCUUAAAAGCACUGAUUUUGUUUUAUUUUUGGUAGCAGAUUUUAACACCACCACCCCCUUUCCUUGCGUCGCUUUGUGGGAGCCACAAAGCUCACCGAAUCCUUUCACAGACACGGAAAAAAAGGCAUCUGAAUUCUGCUCCUGGUGUGCUCUUGGCGAUGAUUCUAGACACUCCUGUGAUAGAAGUUGCACAAUGCCUCGAUACACAAAUGAAUAAAUCUAUUUUUUUAGAGAAAACAAA